AUGGGGGUAUCUUAUGUCCAUUCCAAAUCUAUUGCAAUCUUCCUCCGUGCUCUCAUAAAACAAUCUUCAUCCCGGCGCAGGACUGUGAUCGAACCAUCAAAGCCCACGUCUACCAACCAGCUAGAGAGAAAACAGAAACAACCUAGUCCUGUCCUGAUUAACUUUUGUGGCAGCGGCUUUGUGCUUCACACCUUUGGAUCAGACGAUGAAUACUGCCGAUUCAUCGCAGACUGGACCAAUUACACUGUAAUUGAUGUGCAGUACCGUCUUGCACCGGAAAAUCCCUUCCCGGCGGCUUUCAAUGAUGCCGAGGAUGUCGUGACAUGGGUGCGAUCACAGCCAGAGAGCUUCGAUAUUCACUCUCUCUCCCUCUCCGGAUUCAGUGCAGGGGCCAAUAUUGCCCUGGCGGUGUUAUCUUCGUCAUCGCCUUUCUGUCAAAAAGAUGGUACGAAUGUUUUUCUCACGGUCAUGUCUUUUUAUGGCCCAGUUGAUAUGGCUCUCCCGACUCCGCAAAAGCCCCAAGCAGAUCCGUCCAACUUUAUUAUGCGAAAGAUCUUCCCGACCUUGUCCCAUCUGUGUCACAAAUGCCUCAACUUUACAUCAGUGGAUCCAAAUUACCAUCGUCUUUCGCCAUUGUUCGCUGAUGCCGGAAAUUUCCCUCCCAACGUCCUGAUCAUGACUGCCCCCCAGGAUCCUUUUGCCAUCGAGGCAGAGAGGCUGGCGGACAAAAUUCGCAGUGUGGAGAAGAAGGUAGUGGUUUGCAACAGGAUGGACGGCUGUGCCCAUGGGUGGGAUAAGGAAGCAGUCCGAGGCACAUCGCAGUGCAAGGCGAAAGAUGACGCGUAUAAAUUGGCAGCUAGUAUGCUGCAGAGGGCAGAGAACGAAGUGAAUGGGUCUAGGAAGACGGAGGUGUGA